CGUUGCGCAUGCGCUAUAGGGCCAGCCGGGUUAAGGUUAAGGCUUUGUAACCGCCGCCAUCGCGCUUAGGCUGUUUUUGAGCUGUUUCCGUUAUGCCGAAGCUGAGCAAGGAAGCUAAGCAGCGACUGCAGCACCUCUUCAAAGGUGGCCAGCUGGCCAUCCGUUGGGGCUUCAUCCCUGUGGUACUUUAUUUAGGUUUUAAGAGAGGUGCAGAUCCUGGAAUGCCUGAGCCAACUCUUUUGAGUCUACUUUGGGGCUGAAGGAAUUAAUCAAUGUAUUUUGAGAGUAUGCUUUUGAAGAUGGAUACAUUCCGGAGACUAGAAGGAUACUUACGCAAUUUUACUGUCCAGCUGUUUUAUCUGAUAACAUGUAAAUGACACUUUUGUUGGUGUAAUGUAUUUAUCACAUUUCUACUGGAAUAAAUAUUUCGAUUUUAAAAAUUA